AAAUACAAACUUCUGGAGUUAUCGGAAUUUAGUCAAUUUUGUAAAUUGAAAUAAAAUAUUGAGAUAUCUGAUCGUAAGUCACAUUUAUAAACAAAUUUUGUUAGAAAAAUUCUGGAAAUCUUGAAAUAAUCUGUUGGAUAGUUUGAAAAAGCAAAUAAAAUUUAUAUUUUUAAAAAAUCAUGGAUAUUCCAAAAUCUCCUGAAGAUAAUGAAUUACGCACUAUUAUUGACAAAUUGGCUGUUUUUGUUGCAAGAAAUGGCCCCGACUUUGAACAAAUGACUAAAACUAAACAGAAGGAUAAUCCCAAAUUUGAAUUUUUGUUUGGUGGUCGUCAUUUUGAUUACUAUCUUUACAAAGUUACCACAGAACAAGCCAUAUUGAAACAAAAUAAUGCAAGAGAAAUGACUCAAGGAGCAAUUGUAAAUAAUUCAGCUAGUACACAACAAUUAAAUAUGUCUUCUGCUACAACACAAUGGUUGAAUUUAACCCAGCAAAAUGAUGGUCAAUCAACAGGAGUUACUCUAGAUUCUUUAAAUGCACAACAAGCAAAUUUACAACAGCAAAUUGCCCAAGCUGAACAAAAUUUUAAUGCUCAGCUUAUGAUGUUAGCUCAACAACAACAAGUUGCUACUGAAGAUAAAAUAUUAUCUGAGCAACGAGAAUGGAUUAAUUCUGAGGCAGCUACAAAUGAUUUAUCUUUAGUUGAGCUAUCAUCUGUAUUAGACCCUGUAGUUAAAGCUUGUACAAAAGAAGCAAUAGCUAAUGGAAAAGCAUGGAUUUUGAAACAUAUUGGUAGUCAACAAAAGAUUGAUGUUAUUUCGCAAUAUUUACUAACUGAAGUUACUGAUCCAAAGUCAGAAUUUUCCAAACAAUUACAUAUAAUUUAUUUAAUUAAUGAUACUGUCCAUCAUUGUCUUCGAAAAUCAGAAAAUGUUCUGAAAUCAUCACUAGAAUCUAUUAUUGUACCUAUGUUUUGUUCAGCUAUAACGAAAUCUAACGAAGAACAAAAGUCUAAAUUACAAAAAUUAUAUAGUUUAUGGGAAACAAAAAACCAUUACUUUUCUGAUAGUGUUAUGGAACGGUUAAAAACCCCUGAACAGUCACUGAUAGAAUAUAAAAAUAAUCUGAUGGAAAAGCAUAGGGAAGCUGUGAAUCAGUUAAAUAUGGUAAUGACUAAUACAUUGCAAAAUUACCGUAGUCAACAUCAAUCUUUUUUGGCACAUUGUAAUAAUCAAAUACAGACUAUAGAAAACCAAAAACGUUCAUUAGAACAACAAAAACAAAUACUAAAUCCUCUUCCAAUUCCUACUGCUCAAGAUGAAGGAAAUCGACAUUAUAAUGAAGGCAGAUUACCAUCUCCCCCCUUGUAUCAAAAUAACAUGUCUACUGGCUACAUGCAAAGUGACCAACCAAAUUUUCCUCAUCAAGCAGAUAAUGGAUAUCAUUUAGAUGAUCAUUAUAGAAUGUCACAGAUGUCGAAUUGUAUGCAACAACCUCCUAUGUACAAUAGACCUCCACCACCUUUUAGUCAACCUCCCCCUAAUAUACAUUUACAACCACCACCUUCAAUGGAACUUCCUGAUUUGAGUCGACCACCACCAAAUUUCAUGCAAAACAAUUUUUCUAUGCCUCCAGUUCAACCUGAAAUAGUACCUGAUGACUUAGUUCCAUCUCUGCCUUAUUAUGAGCUACCAGCAGGUCUUAUGGUACCAUUAGUGAAGCUUGAAGAUAGUAAAUAUAGGCCAUUAGAUCCUGAAACAAUUCGAUUACCUCCUCCAGCUCCUCCAACAGAACGACUAUUAGAAGCAGUUAAAGCUUUUUAUAUGCCUCCAGGGCACUUUGCACCUCGUGAUAGUGAUGGUUGGGAAAAACUUGGUUUAUAUGAAUAUUAUAAAGCUAAAAACUUAGCUAAAAAACAAAAAGAAGAUGAUAUUGCUAACAAGAUAAGAGAAAAAUCAAAAUCUCCUUCGCCCAUUAUAAUUCCUUCUAUGAGAGAUAAAUCUCCUGUAAGAAAAAAACGUUAUAGAAGUCGAAGUCGUAGUCCAAAAACUAGAAGUCCAAGUCGUCGUUUAUUAAAUAAAAAAAGUCCUCCUCCAACUCCUAAUCGUAAUAGACGAAGAAGGUCUCCAUCUAAAUCACUUUCUCCAUCUCCCCCAAAUACUCAAAGAAGUCCUACACCUCCUUCGUUUGGUACGGGCUUUGGUAAAACUGCCCAAGAACGUUUAGAUGAAUCAAAUAAAGGUCAUCAACUUUUGAAAAAAAUGGGCUGGGGUGGUGCUGGUCUUGGUUCAAAAGAGCAAGGUAUCGACACACCAAUAAGCAGUGGUGACAUCCGAGAUAGGACCGAUCAAUAUAAGGGUGUGGGCAUCAGCUUGAAUGAUCCAUAUGAAAACUUCAGAAAGAAUAAAGGCAAGGCGUUUAUACACAGAAUGCGCACCCGGGCAGAAGAACGAAUGGAAGGCAAUGUAUAGGUGAUCAGUUUAUAUGUUGUAUGGUUAUUACUAUUUUGGCUCACCUUAGAACCGAAAGGUGUUGCUAAACGCGAUAUUUUACAAUAUUUUGUAUAAAUAUAUAUGUUUAGUAUUAAUCAUUUAUUUAGCUUACGGCCAAAAUACACUGUAAAGAACAACACUCAGAAAUUAAGUACUACUUUGUGAAAUUUGUAAUCAUAAGAAUAAUAUUUAUGUAAUCAUUUUUAAAAUCAUCUUUGAUUCAAAGAAUACUUAGGUAUUCCAUAAGUAACUAAAAAUAACAGUACUUAUUCAGAUCAUAAAACAAUUAUUGUUUAAGAUUUAUUUUUUAAUUUUAUGUAAAUAUUUAUUUGUAACUAUUUUUAUUUUAAAACUAAUAAAAUUUAAUUAUAAUUACUGUA